CUCUCUGAGCACUCCACAAGGAAUGCAUUCAACUGUUCCUCCUCAAGUCGGACUCGGCAGCAGUUGGAUGGCGUGAGCAGCAGAGCACUGCACAGGACAGAGCAGACGCACAGGCAGCACACAGAGGCGCGCGAUUAAUUGACGAAUCUAGAGGACAGGACAGGGCUCUGUCCUCCAGUAGCAUCCUUUCGUUUCAAACAUGGAUUUGGAGACCAGAAGACACACUGAAAUGCUUUUACAGCUAGCAGUCCUUUUCUGCUGUUCAUAUGGGGCAAUUGGAAAAGACAGCUGUGAUGGCCCACUGGUGUCCAGCCUGCCCCAGUCCUCCUUCAGAAGCUCAUCACAGUUAUCCAACAGCCAUGGACCCGGCUUUGCCAAAGUAAACAGGAGAGAUGGUGCCGGAGGCUGGGCUCCUGUAGAGUCUAAUAAGUACCAGUGGUUGGAGGUGGACCUGGGGGAGCGGACGGAGAUCACAGCCGUGGCCACGCAGGGUCGCUACGGCAGUUCAGACUGGGUCUCCUCCUUCCUCCUCAUGUUCAGCGAUACGGGACGCAACUGGAAACAGUACCGCCAGGAGGACAGCAUCGGGGCAUUCACUGGAAACAGCAAUGCAGACAGUGUGGUGCAGUUCAAACUGCAGCAGCCAGUCUUUGCCAGGUUCCUACGGUUACUUCCUCUAGACUGGAACCCUAAUGGGAGGAUAGGCCUGAGGCUGGAGGCCUAUGGAUGCCCUUACAAGUCUGAUGUGGCAAGUUUUGACGGCAGCGGCUGCUUGCUCUACAAGUUCAGCCCCAACCCAACACCAAUUCGAACAGCCAAAGACAGUAUCUCUCUGAAGUUCAAAACCCUGCAGAACUCUGGGACACUGAUACACACAGAGGGACUACACGAUCGCAGCCUCACGCUGGAGUUGCACAAAGGAACACUUUUACUCCACCUCAGAAAAGGUAAAGGUGCCUCUCCUGGUCCUGAGAGCCACACGGUCGUGUCACUGGGUAGUCUUCUAGAUGACCUGCACUGGCACCAUGUAGCCAUCGAGCGUGUUAGCGGCCAUGUCAACUUCACUGUGGAUAAAAGCACUCAGCAGAUCCAGGUCCCUGCAGAACUCAGUCCUUUUGAGAUAAACGAGAUAAGCUUUGGUGGCGUCCAGUGCCAUGGAACACAGAUGGUUCUGUCCAGGAGGAACUUCCAUGGGUGUCUUGAGAACCUUCUCUGGAAUGAGGUGAACGUCAAUGAUCUGGCCAAGCAGCGCCAGAAGGUCUCCAUCACGGGCAAUGUGACCUUUACUUGUGCUGAGCCGGUCUCCGUCCCAGUGACGUUCGCUGGCACCCAGAGUUACCUCCAGUUGCCGGGUGCAGCUCUACAGCAGAGAGACGCCGGUGGCGGCGGGGUUGCCUUGGUGGCGGUUGGUGUGGCGAUCAGCCUGCAGUUCCGGACCUGGAACAGAGCGGGCCUUCUGUUAACCUUUGACCUCCAGCAGCAGGUGGGGAGCCUGUGGCUCUACCUGAGCGAGACCAGAGUCAGGCUGCAGAUACACAAGGCUGGCAGGAUCCUACUGGACGUUGUCACAGGGUUUGGUCUGAACGACGGCCAGUGGCAUUCAGUAGACCUGACUGCAAGAAGAGGUCGUCUGACCAUCACUGUGGAUAAAGAGGAAAGCUCCACAGCUCAUGCCAGCCCAUCUUUCCCUGUGGUGUCAGGAAACAACCUCUUCUUUGGAGGUUGCCCGGAUAGCAAGAAUAACCAGGAGUGCAGAAACCCUUUCAACGUGUUCCAAGGUUGUAUGAGACACAUCCGUGUGGAUAACAAUGCUGUGGAUCUGAUCAAGGUGCAACAGAUGCUGAUAGGAAACUACAGCGACCUGCAGAUUGACAUGUGUGGAAUCAUCGACAGAUGCUCUCCAAGCCAUUGUGAACACAGGGGGAGAUGCACUCAGUCUUGGAGUACCUUCCAUUGCAAUUGCUCUAACACAGGCUACAGUGGAGCAACAUGUCACAGCUCCGUCUAUGAGCAGUCAUGUGAAGUGUACAAACACAAGGGCAAUACAACAGGGCUGUAUUACAUAGACGUGGAUGGAAGCGGCCUGAUCAAGCCACAGCUGAUUUACUGCAACAUGACAGAUAAAACGUGGAUGGUGAUCCAACACAAUAACACGGAGCUAACCAAAUUAAAGGCCUCCUCUGGGAUAAAUCAGCAUUUAGCCUAUUUUAACUAUUCGGCCGAUGCAGAACAGCUCGGAGCCAUAAUUACCCAGGCGGAGCACUGCGAGCAGGAAGUCUUCUACCACUGUAGAAAGUCACGCCUCUUAAACACACCAGAUGGAUCUCCGUUCACUUGGUGGGUGGGACGUACAGACGAGCCCCAGACGUACUGGGGCGGGGCAGUACCAGGGAGCCAGCAGUGUGGCUGCGGUCUUCAGGGUAACUGCAUCGACUCAGACCACUACUGCAAUUGUGACGCUGACCGCAAAGAAUGGGCUGCUGACUCUGGCCUGCUCAUCCAUAAGGAGAAUCUACCAGUCAGAUGGGUGGUGGUGGGGGAUAUACAGAGGCCUGAAUCAGAGGCAGCCUAUAGAGUCAGCCCACUUAGAUGUCAUGGCGACAAGAACUUCUGGAAUGCAGCGUUCUUCAACAAAGAGACAUCGUACCUGCACUUCCCCACGUUCCACGGAGAGCUCAGUGCAGACAUCUCCUUCCUGUUCAAAACCACCGCCUCUUCAGGGGUCUUCCUGGAAAACCUGGGCAUUAAAGACUUCAUACGGGUUGAACUCAGCUCUCCGAUGGAGGUCGUCUUCUCGUUUGACGUGGGCAAUGGCCCCUUUGAGGUGCGUGUGGAGACGGGCGGCAUGGCGCUAAACGACGACAGGUGGCACCGCGUUCGAGCGGAGCGGAACGUGAAAGAGGCUUCACUGUGUGUGGACUCUUUCCCGGGCACCACACAGAAGGCCCCCGCCGACGGUCACAUCCAUCUGCAACUCAACAGCCAAUUAUUUGUAGGUGGCACUGCUUCCAGGAUGAAAGGUUUCCUGGGUUGUAUCCGCUCGCUGCAACUGAACGGGAGGACUCUGGACCUGGAGGAGAGGGCUAAGAUUACGCCUGGGGUGAGUCCGGGCUGCCCGGGACACUGCAGCAGCUACGGGCAUCUGUGCCAGAACCAGGCGAGGUGUGUGGAGAGGUACAAUGGCUUCUCCUGCGACUGUGGCCUCUCCGCCUACGCAGGCCCCUUCUGCCAGAGAGAGGUCUCUGCUUACUUCAAACCUGGGACAUCAGUCCAGUACACGUUCAAGGAGCCGUACGAGCUGACUAGAAACACCAGCACUCAGUCCCAGUCCUCCUCCAUCUACUCUGACCUGACGCUACGAGGAGAGAAUGUCUCGUUUAGCUUCAGAACCACACAGAGCCCUGCGUUACUUCUCUACAUCUGCUCCUACUACAGAGAGUACCUGGCUGUGCUGCUCAACAGGAAUGGUUACCUGGAUGUUAAAUACAAGCUGCAGAACAGUAGAGAUGCUGAGGUAUUCAGGACCAGCAUUAGGAACUUGGCCAAUGGACAACUUCACAGAGUCUCCAUCAGGAGGAUAUCAGAGACUGUCCGUGUUCAGAUUGACCAGCAAAGAAGGGAAGACUUCAAUCUCUCAUCUGAUACAGAAUUCAAUGCUAUCAAGUCAGUUGUCCUCGGGAAAGUGCAAGAGUCUGGUGAGCUGGAUCCAGAGAUUGCCAGGCUGAACUCCCUGGGUUUCAGUGGCUGUCUGUCGGUGGUCCAGUUUAACUCCAUCACUCCACUGAAGGCAGCGCUACUCUACCCAAACACCAGCCCAGUCAUAGUGACAGGACCCCUAGCUGAGUCCACCUGUGGUUCCUCAUCUCCAGCCAAUACCUACCCAGCUGAAACCACACACCCCCUAUCAGACCAUUCAGGUACAGUAGGUACUGGCGAGCCUAUAGUUAACGCAAUCAAGAGUGACUCUGCAUUGAUUGGAGGUGUGAUUGCUGUAGUGAUAUUUGUGAUUCUGUCUGCAUUGGCAGUAAUGGUAAGGUUCCUGUAUCGACGGAAAGUGACGUUCCACAGCCAAGAACCCAAAAGCAUCAAACCUGAGGCAGACAGUCCUGAGUACCCUUUCCACAGCGAGCCCACCUCACAGAACGUACUAAGUGAAAACCAAAAGGAGUAUUUCAUAUAGCUCUAUCUGUCCACCUCCGGACUUUCUACAUUUUUGACUUACCCAGUGAAUCUGAUUAAGGAAGUACAGAAAUGCCUUCCAAGCCCUAGAGACAUUAAUUACAUUCACAGUGCAUUACACACACAUGCAGUAAAAGACCCUCAGCAACAGUCAAAACAAGAAGACUGACCAAAAUGUGGAGAAGAUUAAAAAAAUAUCCUAUCAAUUCGUCCAUGUAUUGUUUUUCUUGUUUUACUGGGUGUUGUUUUUUUAUAUACUACACUGAACAAAAAUAUAAACACAACGUGUAAAGUGUUUGGUCCCAUGUUUCAUGAGCUGAAA